AUCCCUGCACUGUUCACAUAGCAAAGCGAAACCAAGAAUGUCGAAAACGAGUUUUCUAGAGAUGAAGUAUGGACUUUCAAAGAAGUCUUCCUUAAAGAACCAGCCAACCCAAUUGAGCAUUUCAACAGAAAAACAAACAUCAAGUGUGUCUUCUAGUGGUUUCCAACCAAAUAUGGACGAGAUGAAAUUUGUGUUCGACAAAUUUGACACAAACAAAGACGGUAGGAUCUGCAAGGAGGAGUACGGGGCAGCUGUAAGAGUUCUGGGUAAAGGAACUACGGAUGCUGAAAUGAUUCAGGCGUUUAAGGUCGUUGAUGCAGAUGGAGAUGGUUUCAUCGAUUUCCAGGAGUUCACCGAAAUGAUGCGAAACAUGGAGGAUAGAGUGAAUGUCAAUGAUAUCCAAAAUGCAUUUCAGGCUUAUGAUUUGGAUGGAAAUGGUAAAAUAAGCGCGGAAGAGUUAAUGGAAAUGAUGAAGAAGAUGGGGGAAAGGUACAACCUGGAGGCUUGUCGCCAGAUGAUUCGUGGGGUGGAUGCUAAUGGGGAUGGUCUGAUUGAUAUGGAUGAGUUUGUCACCAUGAUGACUAGCACCAAGAAAUUGGCCUAGUUACAAGCAUCACCAUUUCAUAUCUAUACUAUUUUUGAGAAAAAUAAUGUUCUUGUGCCAUGUACAAGUUAUAUUUAGUUAUCUACUUUUCAUAACUGAUAGCAGAUGUUUGAUAUAUAUAUUGAUUAUAUUUUAAAUAAAGAAGAAAUAUUUAA